AUGGAACUCAAUCGAGAACAUUUUCGCACCAUAAUUUAUUACAACUUUCAGAGACAAUUAUCGCAACAAGAAUGCCUUGCUGAGUUACUAUCUUCGACAAUUUCCCGUUGGUAUGGAGAAUUCAAAGGUGGACGGGUGAGUCUUAGCGAUGAUCCCAGGGUGGGUGCACCAAAAACGGCAGUCACCCAGGAGAACGUCGAUCCUGUGCGCAAACUCAUCAUUGAAGAUAGACAUGUGACAUAUCGCGAGAUUGAGGCGUCCUUGAAGAUCUCAAAGACCUCAAUUCAAAAAAUUUCACAUGAAGAAUUAGGAGUAAGAAAACUACAGAAAGCAGCCAGGGUUAGUUGGUGUCAAAAAACGCUUGACCGUUUCAAUUCCGGAAACUCAAAAAAUGUGUACAGCAUUGUUAGUGGUGAUGAAUCGUGGUUUUACUGUUAUGAACCAGAAAAUAAACGACAGUCGGCUGUUUGGUUGUUCCAAGGUGAAGAAAAGCCAACAAAAUUCAUCCUCAUCACCGAGCUUCGAAAAAUCAACCGCGAAAGAAGAAUCAUCCUCCACCAAAACAAUGCAAGCACGCACACAGCCCAAAAAACAAGGCAUCCCGAUUUAAGUCCUAAGGAUUUGUUUACUUUCCGGAAAAUUAAAAACAGACUGCGUGGUCAAAGGUUCCAGUCACCAGAAGAAGCAGUUGACGCAUUCAAAAAUGCGGUUUUGGAUCUGCCAGCAAACGAGUGCUUCGAAAAUUGGUUCGAGCGCAUGCAGAUACAUUAUUCGAAAAUUUUACAUUUUCUCUACUUACGCGGUAAACAAUGA